AUGAAGGUGAUUGUUACUCUCCUCGCGACCGUCGCGGUCGUCAAUGCUUUCACAUGCCCUGCUACCCCUGCAAUCAACACCGCCUGUACCGCCAUCGGCGUCGUCCCUCUGUUGUGUAGCAACCCUAAAGUUAACGUGGCCGCUUGCAACGAGAAGCAAUGCACCCAAACCUACAUCGACAACUACGCCGCCUGCCAAUGCCGUCGUAGCCCCACCCUUUUCUAUGAGCACUCCGUCAACGUCGAUGGCCUCCUCCGCCGCUGCGGUGUUGCCGGUUUGACCAACCCCUUUGGCAACCCUUACCAGUACCGCCCCGGUCAGGGUACUCAGACCUUCUCAGCCUCCGGUGGGUCUGGUAUUGCCACUACCAUUGCGCAACCCAUUGAGGCCACCUCUGCGACCCCCGUCCCGACUGUGGUGCCCGUCGCCCAACAGGACUACUAUAUGUCAGGUGGUGCGAUCGCCGGUACUGUUCUCGGUUCCCUUGCAGCCUUUGCGUUUGCUGGUCUGUUGGGCUUUUGCUGGAGAAAGGAGCGUGCUCAGCACGCGGCCUUGUACAGCAACCCUUCUACGAAUUCUGUCGACACCAACGUUGCUCGCGCUCCUUCCCGCACGGUUGUCACUGAAAAGAUCGAGCCUGUAGUUGUCAGGUCCGUCCCCACGACCAACACCCACGUUGUCCCCCCCGGAAUGACGACCUACUCGAACCCCUCGAGCAACACCUAUAACAGCACAAACUCUGGUUAUAACGGCAACAACACCAACGCUGGUUAUAACGCUAAUAGCACCAACACUGGUUAUAACAGCAACAACACCAACACUGGUUAUAACACCAACAACACCAACACUGGUUAUGACAGCAACAACACCGUCCCCGUCAACACUUAUAGCAGCGCGUCGAACCCCACCUACAACACUACCACAAACGCCAAUACCGGAUACAACACCCAGCCCCGUGCCGGCGGUGUCCUCGACUCGGACUCAAACGGUGUCCACAACGCCGCCAAUGGCACCGGUAACGCUGUCAGCCACGGUGUCAACUCUGCUGACAAUACUGUUGGUAACGCUAUCCAUGGCACUUCCCACAGUGCUGGUAACACCAUGCACUAA